UUGGGCCCAAUCAAACCCGCAUGGGGAAAUUCCGCGGCAAGCUCUCCCGCCCACCGGACACCAACACCUCACUCCGCCUCGCCGCCCAACUCCAGUCAUGCGGCCGCGCCGGCGACCUCCGCCUCGCCCGCCGCCUCCAUGCGCGCUUCGCGCUCUCCGGCGCCGCCGCCGCGUCUGCCUUCCUCACCAACCACCUCAUCACCAUGUACUCCCACUGCGCCGACGUCCGCUCCGCACUCCGCCUCUUCCACGCCAUGCCCCGACCCAACCUCGUCUCCUGGACCACUCUCAUCUCCGGCCUCGCCCAGAACUCCAUGCACCGCGACGCGCUCGCAGCGUUCGCGUCCAUGCGCCGCGCGGGUCUCGCGCCCACGCAGUUCGCGCUCUCCAGCGCCGCGCGCUCCGCGGCCGCCCUCGCCGCCCCGGGCCCCGGCGCGCAGCUGCACUGUGUCGGCGUCAGGCUCGGUUUCGACGGAGAGCUGUUCGUCGCGAGUAACCUCGCGGAUAUGUACUCCAAGUCUGGGCUCUUGGCUGAUGCCUGCAGGGUGUUUGAUCAAAUGCCGCACAAGGAUACUGUUGCAUGGACUGCCAUGAUCGAUGGGUAUGCGAAGAACGGGAGCCUUGAGAAGGCCGCUCUAGCUUUUCGGGACAUGAAGCGAGAGGGGCUAGUAGGAACUGACCAGCAUGUGUACUGCAGUGUUUUGAGUGCAUCGGGAGGGCUCAAGGAUGGAUGGCUUGGCCGAACCAUCCACUCUGCUGUAGUGAAGGCAGGGUUUGAACUGGAGGUUGCUGUGAGGAAUGCGCUCACUGACAUGUACGCUAAGGCUGCGGACAUGGAGAAUGCUGCUCGUGUUGUGAAGAUUGACCCUGGAGGUUGGAAUGUUGUGUCAGCCACCUCGCUGAUUGAUGGCUACGUUGAGACUGAUAGUGUCGAGGAGGCCCUUCGAAUAUUUCUUGAACUGCAGAGGCAAGGAGUUGAACCCAAUGAAUUUACUUUCUCGAGCAUGAUCAAGGGAUGUGCCACGCAGGCUCUGCUUGAACAAGGCGCUCAGUUCCAUGCUCACGUGAUCAAGACAAAUAUUAUCGGUGACUCCUUUGUCAGUUCCACCCUUAUGGAUAUGUAUGGUAAAUGUGGCCUCGUUAGUUUGUCUGUUCAGUUAUUUAAUGAGGUUGAACACCAUACUGAUAUUGCUUGGAAUGCGGUGAUCAAUGUAUUUGCACAACAUGGUCAUGGUAGGGAUGCUAUCCAAGCUUUCGAUGGGAUGACCUCAAGUGGCAUCAGGCCAAAUCACAUUACAUAUGUCAGCCUUCUUACAGCAUGCAGUCAUGCUGGGUUAGUGGAUGACGGACUGAAAUACUUUAACUCCAUGAAGAGUGCCCAUGGUAUUGAGGCUAAGGAGGAGCACUAUUCCUGUAUCAUUGAUAUGUAUGGUCGAGCUGGCAGACUAGCCGAAGCAGAGAAAUUUAUACACGAAAUGCCUAUCAAACCCAGUGUCUAUGGUUGGUGCUCCUUGCUUGGAGCUUGCCGGAUGCGAGGAAACAAGGAGCUGGGCGAGUUUGCGGCACAAAAGAUAAUGGAGCUUGAGCCAGAUAACACUGGUGUUCACGUAUCCCUUUCUGGGAUCUAUGCAUCAUUAGGCCAAUGGGAGGAUGUUAAGGCAAUCAGGAAGCUGAUGAGGGAUAGCAGGAUUAAGAAGCUUCCUGGUUUUAGCUGGGUUGAUGCUAAUAACAAAACUCAUGUUUUUUCAUCCGAAGAUUGGUCACAUCCACAGCAGAAGAAGAUAUAUAAAAAGCUUGAGGAACUCUAUGAGAGGAUAAAGGAGGAAGGUUACGUCCCAGACACACGUUCCUUACCAUCUAAUUUGGAAGAUACUGCAAAGGAGAGGAUUCUGCGUUAUCACAGUGAGCGGAUUGCCGUAGCUUUUGCUUUGAUAAGCAUGCCUGCUACAAAACCAAUCAUUGUGAAGAAGAAUUUGCGUAUCUGUGUAGACUGUCAUUCUGCACUGAAGUUCAUUUCUAAGGCUGAAAGCAGGGAUAUUAUUGUUAGAGAUAACUCCAGGUUCCACCAUUUUGCUGAAGGGAGGUGUUCCUGUGAAGAUUACUGUGCUGCAGGUUGAAGAAGCAUCAAGGUGGGCCAAGAGGUGAGAACGUGGGAGGAAAAAAGAGAAGGCUGGGCUGCAGCCGAGCCAAAUGGGCUGCCAGCCCAGUCCAGCGCUAACCAGCGAGAAGCUACAGAGCCGAACGAUCUGUGAACUCCAGGAUUUUUCAGGAGAAGCUGGCUAUGGUUUUGGGCUACGGAGUUGAGGAAUUUGAGGCUGUGGAGAGCUACCGACCCCAGUUAGAGGUCCAGCUUCAGUUGAUAGGCAGAAUUGAUAAGUCCUGAACAACUUUUCACCUCUCUCAAGAGAUGUUUGGAACGCCAUACUUGAACAGUUGUGCCCUUUGUAACAUUGGCACCUCUAAAACGGGCGAUCGCCCCUUCUUCGACUGCCCUUUUACGUUCACUUGCUGGCACAAAAGUGGGACUUCAGUGGGUAGAUUGCAGUGGAUGCAGCAUCCUCCAUAUCCCCUUCUUCAUGGAGAUCUAUCAUAACAGCAUGGCACAUCUGAAAAAAAUGAAUGCUAAGAUCUUUGAUAGCAUAUCACCUAAGCAUUAGGUCAUGGGAACACCUCUUUGGGUUCACUCUUUUAAAUUCAUAGGGGAGUCUAUGAUCAGUCUCAGUGGCUCGGCCAGUCUCCUUGUACAUUUCUGGCCCUCCUUUUAUUGUAAA